AAAGACAUGAUUCACAAAUAUGGCCCAAGGCCCCAAGACGUCACUAUGUUCCCGCCAGACCGCGAGCCAUGGCCCGCAUACACUGUCUGUAAGUCCCUUCUAUCAUCCUUUUUCCUUAUGUCUCCUUUCCUUCUGUCUGCCCUCUUCAUUCUGCACCUCCCGCACUCUGCUCGCCUCUCCCGCUUUCGAUCCCGAACGAGUUCUCCCCAGUCUGCGCUCUCCAGCCAUCUGCCAGCCCAAGCCCGCCCUCCCCUCGCCAAGCGUCGUGCCCUCCCUGUCUCCCAGACUCCCUAACUCGUCACCCCACCGCUUUCGCCCCUUCAGCCGGUCCCAUCUGCCAAAUCAAUUGCGAUCCAGCGCCCAUCCCACUUUCGUCCCCGCGCCGCCUUGCGCGACCGACCAUGCCAUGAUGCUCCGAGAUCCCAUCUUGGCAGGGGGCCAUCAGCUUGCGCCGGUGCACCGCCUUUGCGCGCGCGGCGCCUCCUAUGGCGAUGGGCGGUACGAUCUGCGCUCUGUCGGUGCGGAGACGACUUUGUGCGAUGGGAUGGCAUCGCGAGGACGAGGGCGGGAGGUCCGUAGAGGAUGACUCCCGGCGAAUGUGGGGAGUCCAGGAAGGACUUGGCGGGUAACGCGGGCCUGCUGUGGGCGCUGGUCGUGCGUUCUGCUAGUCGACUUUCUUCGCGAGCGUGCAUGAUG